AUGAGUUGCCCUCCUCAAAGCUCAUUUCAGGUUUGGACUGAGAUUCCUUUAGAAGAAAAGGUACACGUGCAGGGUAUUCCUGGUGGUGAUCCUGCAUUGUUUAGUGGGGUGUCUCCACUUUUCAGUCAACAGCUUUGGAAGUGCACAGGAUAUGUUCCAAAAAAGUUUAAUUCUCAAUACAGGGAGUUCCCUUGUUGGGAUGAAAGACAGGAUGAUGAUGAUGAUGAUGAUGACAAAGACAAUGAAGGACUUGAAAAUCCUGCCUGUAAAGGGGCUGAUGCCUUGUUUUCAUUGUCAACUUCUGGUGGCAAUAAAAGCCAUGCUAAUGAAGGAGGUAUUUUGGAUAUGGGCCCACCAACUACUGAUACUAAGAAGCAAGAUGUGAGAAAGGAAAGAAGCUUAUUGAAGCCUAGUGUGAUUCAUUCAAGCAACCAAAAGAAAGAUGAUUCUAAGGUAAUCAAGGACCAAAACAGGAAGAAAAAUGUCAAAGCGAUGGAUAAAGAUGGAGAUUCUAAGAAGAGAUCUUUUGAAUCAGUGUCCACCAUGUCAAGUGAUGCAAAACAAUCAGAAUCAUAUGAAGGCAAAGAUCAUAAGGCUUCCAAGACUGAUAAACAAAGUUUUAAACCUGAAAGCUCAAGAACAGAUGUGCAGGACAAUCAUAAAUCAGAAGAUAACAUCCCUUUAUCUAGUGGACAACCUUCAGAGAGUGUACCCAUUGAUGAUUCAAUACUAAAUCCCUCAAAAGAAGAAAAACAAAUACAAGAAAAAGAUGGAAAUCAAGUUCCUACGAAUGUGGAGAUUUCUGAUGGCAUGGCAUCAUCACUAAAACAGAAUCCUGUUGAAACUAGUAGCAUUAAAGAUGAGGUUAAGCAUGAUGAUGUUGAUGAUGCAAAUAACAAUGAAAGAACUUGUAGCACAAGUAAUGGAACUCAGCCCAACAUAACCAAUCUAGAAAAACUAGACUUGACCCCAAAUGUCGAUCUCCAUAUUCCAUCACCACCAAUCGAAGUAAAACCAGUAGAAACCACCCAUCCUGAAAAGACUUCUAAUUACCAAAAUGCCCCCGCUAGUGAUUCAAAGUUAGAUAGCUCCAAGACCUUGACCCAAGAUCCAAAAACUUCUGAUGAUCGUUUAUCUCCAAUUUCUGAAGUGAAAAAGGAAUCUGCAUCUGUAUCUGUGACCCAUAAGGUGCAAAAUCAUGUUGAUACUCAUACUCAAUCAGAAGGCCCACCUAAAUCACAUGGAACUGUUACAAAUCAUCGCAAAAUUACAGAUGUUUCUGAGAAGCCAAAAAAUAUUGUAAAAGAACUUCCGAAAUCAUCCUCGACUUCUGCACUAAAAUCAUCACAUUUGAGCAAAUCUUCACAUGUACCCAAAAAGAACUCGUCUGAUUCCAAAGAUCCUGCAGUCUUAUCAUCAUCUAAAGCCACCACCACCACCACCCCCGCCCCAGAUUCCGGUGACUCUGCAAAUUCAUUGAGAUGUGAAAGUGGUGGUGGUGCAAAUGAACAGAACAACAAAAGCACUUCAGAAUCAUCACAAAAAGGUGAAAAGGUUAAUCAGAUAAACAACAACAGACAACAGGCUGCAAUUAAACAUGUUGUUCACCCUCCUCCAUCUACAAACUUAAGUGAUGAAGAGCUUGCUUUGCUUCUUCAUCAAGAGCUGAAUAGCUCUCCAAGAGUUCCUCGGGUGCCACGUAUGCGCCAUGCUGGCAGCUUACCUCAGCUAGCUUCAACCACACCCACAAGCACAUUAAUGAAACGGACAUCAAGUUCUGGAGGAAAGGAUAUGAAUAAUGGGCCAAGAAAAAGAAACAAGGAUGUAACAAAUAAUGUUGAGGGGGCAAAAAAAGGUUCAAGGAGACAUGAGACUUUGAAAAAUAAUGGAUCAACCAAUAAGAGUGUGCCACCUGUCUCAACAACUGUAAGCAGCGGGCCAUCUUCUUCUAAUGAAGCUAAUGAACAUAACAUGUCGUCACCUCAAAAUGCUUCUGAUGAUGAACUUCCUACCCAUCGCACUUUACCAGGCUUGAUUGCUGAGAUUAUGAGCAAAGGAAAGCGAAUGACAUAUGAAGAGCUCUGCAAUGCAGUUCUACCGCAUUGGCCUAAUUUGCGUAAGCAUAAUGGAGAGAGAUAUGCGUAUUCAAGUCACUCGCAAGCUGUUCUUGAUUGUUUAAGGAACCGAAGUGAAUGGUCAAGAUUGGUUGACCGUGGUCCCAAGACAAAUGCAGGUAGAAAAAGACGAAAGUCUGAAGCUGAUGCACAAAAUGUUGAAUCUGAAGAAGAAGCAGCAGCAGCAGCAGAAGAAGAAGAAGAUGAUGAUUAUAGCACAGAUAGGAACACAAAGGAUGUAGAUAAUAACAAGAGUGUAGGUGAUGAAUUCCCAAAAGGAAAAAGAAAAGCUAGAAAACACAGGCGACUUGCUAUGCAAGGAACACGGAUGAUCAAAAGGAGACGAAAAGCUGAAGUUGUUAGUGAUGAUGAUGUGGAUUCAUCUUCUUCUUCUGAUUCUAGUGAAGAAAGUGCAUUCAGUGAUGAAGGUGGAAAAACAUCGGUUGCAAAUGAAGCAUCUGCCAGUUCAGAGUCAUAAUGUUUACUAUUACCAGUUGACUUUUGUUGUAUGAUAUUAGAGUGUUAGAUGUAUAACUAGAGCUUGUAUUAUUAAAAAGAUGAAAUCUUUCUAACGUGAUUCUUAUCUUUAUAGAUAAAGAGGCUAAAUGGGUAAUGAUUUCUAUCUGAAUAAACUUUGAUUAAGUUGCAAAAAGAUAUAUAAAGAUGAGAGGAUACAAUUAUACAUGAAUAUGAAAAACCUAAAGCAUCGAAUGAAAGAAUAGAAAUGGAUACUAAUAAUAAUAAUAAAGAAAUACAAUUUUCCUCCCUUCUUCUCUCUUUAUUGAUUGUGAUCGUCUCUGAUUGAUGGCUUUUCAUGGCAAUGAAAUCGAAAUCAAAAUCAAGAUCAAACCCACCGCCGAUAAUAUUCCGAUACUUCUCCUCCAAAUGAGUCUUUCCUGUAAAAAAAAAAAAAAAAAAAAAAGA